CGCUCUGCCCCCUCUCCGCGCCCCCUCCGCCCCCUCGGGUCCAUGCACCCGCGCCGCGCGUUGCUUCUGUUGCCGCCGGUGCUGCCGGCUCUGAGGCGAGUGCGGACUCCGGCCCCGCGCCCCCAGCCCCGCGCCGCAGGCCCUGCCCCCGCCCGUCUCUCCUCCUCCUCCUCCUCCUCGGCGGCCUUCUCGAGGGCACGGCCGCUGGGCCGCAGCAUGGACGGGGCCCAGGCGGAGGCCGCGCUCGGCCCUUUCCGCCUGGCCGUGAGGCAGCAGGGGGAUCUGGUGAGAAAGCUGAAAGAAGACAAAGCCCCCCAGGUCGAUAUCGACAGAGCUGUGGCAGAGCUCAAGGCCCGCAAGAGGAUUUUGGAGGCCAAGGAGUUGGCGCUGCAGCCCAAAGAUGACACCGUUGACCGCGUUAAAAUGGAGGACACCCUCAAGCGGAGGUUCUUCUAUGACCAAGCCUUUGCGAUUUACGGAGGAGUCAGCGGCCUGUAUGACCUGGGGCCUGUGGGGUGUGCCCUGAAGAACAACAUUGUCCAGCUGUGGCGGCAGCACUUUAUCCAAGAGGAGCAGAUCCUGGAGAUUGACUGCACGAUGCUCACCCCGGAGCCUGUUCUCAAGACAUCUGGCCAUGUUGACAAGUUUGCUGACUUCAUGGUGAAAGACGUGAAAAGUGGAGAAUGUUUUCGUGCCGAUCAUCUCUUGAAAGCUCACCUGCAGAAAUUAAUGUCUGAUAAGAAAUGUUCGGCUGAGAAAAAGUCUGAGAUGGAGAGCGUCUUGAUCCAGCUGGACAACUAUGGGCAGGAGCAGCUCGCAGACCUCUUUGUGAACUACAACGUCAAGUCCCCCCUGACCGGAAAUGACCUGUCCCCCCCUGUGUCAUUCAACUUAAUGUUCAAGACCUUCAUCGGGCCUGGAGGGAACAUGCCUGGGUACCUGAGGCCAGAGACCGCCCAGGGCAUCUUCCUCAACUUCAAGCGGCUUUUGGAAUUCAACCAGGGGAAGCUGCCCUUUGCGGCUGCCCAGAUCGGCAGCUCCUUCCGCAAUGAGAUCUCCCCGCGCUCGGGAUUGAUCCGAGUCAGAGAGUUCACUAUGGCAGAGAUUGAGCACUUCGUCGACCCCAAGGAGAAACACCACCCCAAGUUUGACAGCGUGGCAGACCUCACCCUCUCCCUGUACUCAGCAAGAGCCCAGGUCAGCGGCCAGUCUGCACACAAGAUGCGCCUCGGGGAUGCGGUGGAGCAGGGGGUGAUCAACAACUCCGUGUUGGGGUAUUUCAUCGGCCGAAUCUACCUCUACCUCACCAAGGUUGGGGUGUCCCCGGAGAAGCUUCGAUUCCGGCAGCACAUGGACAAUGAGAUGGCGCAUUACGCUUGUGACUGUUGGGAUGCUGAGGCUAAGACGUCCUAUGGCUGGAUUGAGAUUGUUGGCUGUGCCGACCGCUCCUGCUAUGACCUCACCUGCCACUCGAAGGCCACCAAAGUCCCGCUGGUGGCGGAGAAGCUGCUUAAGGAGCCCAGAACGGUGAACGUGGUCCAGUUUGAGUCGAGCAAGGCCGCCGUCGGCAGGGCCUACAAGAAGGAUGCGCGGCUGGUCCUGGACUACCUGGCCGCCUGCGACGAGGCCUACGUCACUGAGAUGGAGAAGCUGCUCAGUGAGAAGGGGGAAUUCACCAUUGAAACAGAAGGGAAAACAUUCCAGGUCACCAAAGACAUGGUCAGCGUGCAGAGAUUCCAGAAGACGCUCCACGUUGAAGAGAUUGUUCCAAACGUCAUUGAGCCAUCCUUUGGUCUGGGCAGGAUCAUGUACACGGUGUUUGAACAUACGUUCCAUGUUCGAGAUGGGGACGAGCAGAGAACGUUCUUCAGCUUUCCUGCCGUCGUUGCCCCGUUCAAAUGUUCCGUCCUUCCGCUGAGCCAGAACCAGGAGUUCAUGCCCUUCGUCAAGGAGCUAUCCGAAGCCCUGACCAGGAGCGGGGUGUCCCACAAGGUGGACGACUCUUCUGGCUCCAUCGGGAAGCGCUACGCCAGGACCGACGAGAUCGGGGUUGCCUUUGGGAUCACUAUUGACUUUGAUACCGUGAACAAGACUCCGCACACGGCCACACUGAGAGACCGGGACUCGAUGCGCCAGAUUCGUGCCCAGAUCACUGACCUUCCCAAGGUCAUCUGCAGUUUGGCCAACGGCUCCAUCACUUGGUCCGAUGUGGAAGCCCGCUACCCGCUGUUUGAGGGGCAGGAGACGGGCAAGAAGGACACCAUUGAGGACUAGGACUGCUGCCCUCCGUCCGUCCGGCCUUACUUGUGGUGCUCAGUGGGCCGACCCUGCCGCGUGAGACAGCUCCCCCGGCAUACAUCAGACCACUUGUCUGCGUGAGGGCAUCUCGUCUUUCUUUGUAAACACCGUCCUCAUCACGGAAGGCUGUUGUUUUCCCCAGAGAGCCUUCAGGCCUCUGGGCAGACAGCCAGGCUCCGCCAGCUGCUGCCCCUGGUGCCCCCCCACCCCCCGGGCCCAGGCUGCUUGUUCCUGCCCUCCCCCCCCCCAGGGCCUCAAACGUCCCCCAGACCCCCAUCUCAGGGAAACUCUUGCCCCAUGUUGCUGCUCUGCCCCUUUCCGAGUGUAGGAAGGGUGGUUGGGCCUCGGGUGGGGAGGUGGGUGUGGGCGUGGCCCCUGGGCUGCCGGGCUCCCUCGCCCUGUGGCCCGUGUGAUUGACCUCGAUCUUGUCUGACUGAUGUGGACGGAAGACGUUCCCUGUACCGUGGGUCCGAGGCUGGCCUUCCGCCCUUCAGCGUGCCACCAAUCUCUGGGCCCGCUUGGGGAGCGACGUUCUUACCGUGUCCUCCCCAAGCUUCCGGCCUGAUUGGUGUUUGGUUCAGCUGUCCAGGGCAGCGAAAGACGUGAUCGCUUGUUGGCGGUAUGACCCUUGGGCUCGCAGGGCUUUCCGGGACGCAAGCUCGACACCCUGGCUGGCUCCCCUCACCUCUUUGGCCGUUGCUUUCCUCCCCAUAACAUCGGGGGCUCGGAUGAGAUGAGCCCCAGGGUCCUCCCCUGCUCUGACGGUCUGUGGCUGUGGGCUGAUGGUCUUGGAGGGGCUCUGGAGUCCAUAGACAUCUGACGAGCUGGCUCCCGACUGCCUCAGGUCCGAGCUAGGUGACAGGGAUGAGCAGGUGUGUCUGGUCUGAAUGUGGGUCUGUUGGGCUUUCCUGGGAGUCCCUCCUUCCGGGAGCCUAAGGCCGUCCAGGGUGGGGGGAUCUUCCCAGGCUCGGACCAGGAAGGGGUGACAGACAGCCCCGAUGAUGCCUCCUCUGCCCUCGCCACUUCUUUGUGCUCUCCGGGCUCGCGGGGCUAAUCAGCCGCACCCAGGCCGCUGAAUGGUGACUGAUGGUCAGCUGAGAAGCUCAUGCCACGUUUGUACUUGUUCUGAGCCCUAAUGUCGCUCUCUGGGCCGUUGGACGCUUUCCCUCUAGGCCUUUAGAUGACUUGUAUGUCUUGUGCGAUGGGUUGAGCUGACGAAGGCUAGGAUGGGUCAGGUCCCCUUUCUGGUCUCCUCACAGCGAAUGCUGGGAGGAGCCCCUCCCCCCUGGGCUCACGCCUCGGACAGUAGAGGGACUGAGCUUCGCAGCCUUAGAUCAAGUAGAGACAGGGCCCAGUUGGGCCCCCAGGGUGUUGCAGGCCAAGCUUUUAUGAUACAUAAGACUUUUGAUUUGGGGGGAUUUUGGGGGGCUGGUAUCUUACUAAACUGAGCAAGGGAAUAGAAUGACUUUCUCCCCAGAGAUGAAACCACCUUGUGUGUCUCCCAAUACGUUGGCCUGGUGGUCUGAGAGACAUCUCUGAUUUUUGCGGAAGGAAUUUUUGAAAUCUUUGUGGAAUAAAGAAUUAAAGUAGAUCGAUGCAUGCCUUUACCCUUAUUGGCACCUUACUGUCAAUUCCUAAGACAGGGAGUCACCUGGGUAGAGCUGGGCAGAGGCCAGCCUUCAUUGUAAGGGGGAAGCCAACUUUGUUUUAGCUGUCUGGGGGCCUUUGCCAUUGCAGAAGCCAGUAGCAGGGUCUCUGCUGACCCCGCCUGCGGCAGGUGUAAGUGACACGGCCAUCAGAGAGCCUCUCCCCCUGGAGUGAGGUGGACUGGGACAUUCUGUUACUUGAUGGAUGGCUUUGCUUUGGGGAACUUGGCUCUUGUGACCUGUGGGUAAUUGUCUGACACUGCCUGCAUUACCUUAAAAGCUAUGGCUCAGCAGAAUGUAAGCCCCCUAGGGGUAGGGCCCGAUUCUCACUGUCUUUGCUUUGGAAGAAGUGUAACUUGGAAGCUUGAACCAACAUGGGGUGGAAUGGAAUGGAAGUCUGCUACGGGGGAGCCCGUAGAAUUGCUGGCCAGAAGGUUCCCCUGUGGCCUCAUUCUUUUGCAACAGUGGGACCACCCCCUCCCAGCCAUCCCAAGAGACCACCUAGGUACACAGGUGUCUUUUUUCUCUUCAGGGUUUGUAUUUUUAAAUGCAUGAUAAAGGAUAUCACCUUUCCUAAUCCCUGGUCACAGUAAUAAUUUUAAAAAGUUUGCACAAUCAGUGCUAAAAGUGCAUUGAGUUCAACCCACAGCAGGAAGACGCACCAAGCAGCAUUUGGUGUGGGAGGAGCUGAAGAACUGAGAGGGGCUUUCAGCAGGGAGGGGGACGGCUGAUCUCAGCCCAGGUUUUCAGAAAAGCUGAAUGUUCUGGUCUCGUUCAUGUAUGACUCCACGUCGAGGUGAAUGUGAUGCCCUAAUAAACCUUGAACAUCUCUCAGAC